ACUUGGUCCGUUUGAAUUCCCUAUAUAAGCACCCCCCCACCUUCUCCCAACUUCCUCACAACGGUUUGCUCUCUGCCUAGCUACUCUCUUCGAUCUCUUUGUGUAUUUCGUGCCAUUAAUACACAGAAAAAAGACAAUGGCAAUUCCAGUACUGAUCACUCUUUUCUUACUCUUGGCUCUUAAUCUAGCUCAAACCUCCAUAUCCUCACCAGUUCAAGACCCAGAACUAGUAGUACAAGAAGUACACAAGAGCAUCAAUGCGUCUAGGAGAAGCUUAGGCUAUCUCUCUUGUGGGACUGGGAAUCCCAUCGACGAUUGCUGGAGGUGCGACCCGAAUUGGGAGAAAAACCGCCAGCGCCUGGCGGAUUGUUCAAUUGGGUUUGGAAAGCAUGCCAUUGGCGGAAGGGAUGGAAAAAUAUAUGUGGUGACGGACUCCGGUGACGACAACCCUGUGAACCCCAAACCAGGCACUCUUAGGUACGCGGUGAUCCAAGACGAGCCACUGUGGAUCAUUUUCAAAAGCAGCAUGAUGAUCAAGCUGAAGGAGGAGCUGAUCAUGAAUUCGUUCAAGACGAUCGACGGCCGUGGCGCAAACGUGCACAUUGCGGGGGGGCCAUGCAUUACUAUACAGUACGUGACCAACGUUAUUAUCCAUGGCUUGAACAUACAUGACUGCAAGCAAGGCGGGAAUGCUUAUGUGAGGGACUCUCCUAGCCAUUAUGGGUGGAGGACUGUAUCGGACGGUGACGGAAUUUCGAUCUUCGGUGGAAGCCACGUGUGGGUGGAUCAUUGCUCCUUGUCGAAUUGCCGUGAUGGGCUGAUUGAUGCCAUUCAUGGAUCCACGGCGAUAACCAUCUCUAACAAUUAUAUGACCCACCAUAACAAGGUCAUGCUCUUGGGCCACAGUGACUCCUACACAAAAGACAAAGACAUGCAGGUCACCAUAGCCUUCAACCAUUUUGGAGAAGGGCUUGUGCAAAGGAUGCCAAGAUGUAGGCAUGGUUAUUUCCAUGUGGUGAACAAUGACUACUCCCACUGGGAAAUGUAUGCAAUUGGUGGCAGCGCUGCUCCAACUAUAAACAGCCAAGGCAACAGAUUUCUUGCUCCCAAUGACAGAUACAACAAGGAGGUCACUAAACACGAGAGUGCAGCACAGAGCGAGUGGAAGAAAUGGAAUUGGAGGUCGGAAGGAGACAUGAUGUUGAACGGUGCAUUCUUCACUCCUUCUGGGGCCGGAGCAUCUUCUAGUUACGCCAGGGCAUCGAGCUUGGGUGCAAGAUCAUCUACGCUCGUCAGUACAAUCACAGCCGGAGCGGGUGCACUUGGGUGCAAGAAGGGCGCGCGUUGCUGAUGAUGAGUGGCUCUGACUAGGACAGCCCGUGGCUAAAGGUGAAGGUGACCACAAAGUACGGAAGGAAAAAAGAACAAGACCAACUGUACUGUACUGUAGUUGCAAGAAAAUUAGGAUCCAAGUUCUUGUAUAUUAAUUAACUAUUAAAAGUGAGAUAUAAUCGUUGUCUUAUACAUCUAA